AUGGCCGACUGGACACCAGCCUCCUGGAGGUCGAAGCCACUCAAGCAGGAGGUUUUAUAUGAAGACCAGGAUGGCCUUCAGAAUGCGAUUCAGAGGCUACGGAAGCUCCCGCCACUUGUGACUCCCCAUGAGAUCGCGAACCUGAAGCAAUGUCUGAAGAGGGUUGCUGCGGGCGAGGCAUUCGUCCUCCAGGGGGGUGACUGCGCUGAGCUUUUCGACUACUGCAAUCAAGACAUGAUCGAGGCAAAGAUCAAGCUGAUGCUGCAAAUGAGUUUGAUUUUGAUCUGGGGCGCCAACAAGCCAGUUAUUCGAGUUGCUCGUAUUGCUGGUCAAUUUGCAAAGCCCCGUUCAAGCGCGGUUGAGACCGUGAACGGCGUUACCAUGCCAUCCUUCAGGGGCGACAACGUCAAUGGAUUCGAGGCAACUCCAGGAUCCAGGAAGCCUGAUCCUUCCCGCCUCGUGGAUGCGUAUUUCCACUCUGCAGCAACUCUCAAUUACAUCCGUGCAGCUCUGUCUUCAGGGAUUGCCGAUCUGCACUCACCCCUUGACUGGGGCCUGGGUCACGUCAAGACUCCUGCAAUCAAGGAGAAGUACGAAAAGAUCACUUCCAGUGUCACUGAUUCUCUUCGCUUCAUGAGGACUGCUGGCCUAGAUACUGCUCGCGGUAUAGAGACUGCUGAUAUCUACACCAGUCAUGAGGGCUUGAUCCUGGAAUAUGAGGAGACCCUCACUCGGCCUUCAAAGGGCCAUGUGGGAUCGGCCGCCGCCACUCAACCAGCCGCACAGAAGGACAAGGAAUUCUACUACGAUCUAUCGGGCCAUUUCCUCUGGAUUGGUGACCGUACCCGCCAGCUCGAUGGUGGCCAUGUCGAAUUCUUCCGUGGAAUAUCCAACCCCAUCGGUAUCAAGGUCGGCCCUACAAUGCAGCCCGACGAGCUUGUGGCUCUCCUUGACGUCGUGAACCCUGACAAAGAGCUCGGAAAAGUCACUUUAAUCUCUCGAUACGGCGGUAGUAAGAUCGCCGACCACUUGCCUGCUCAUAUCAAGGCUGUGCAAGCUUCAGGCCAUACUCCUAUCUGGCAAUGCGACCCCAUGCACGGGAACACUCGAUCUACCCCAUCCGGUAUCAAGACGAGAAAUUUCACUGAUAUCUUGUCCGAGUUGCGCCAGGCCCUGGAGAUACACCGCGCUCACGACUCGUACUUGGGUGGCAUGCAUUUAGAGUUGACCGGUGAAGCCGUCACUGAGUGUGUUGGUGGUGCUGGUGGUUUGACCGAGGAUGGCUUGAGUGAACGGUACACGACCUUCUGCGACCCCAGACUAAAUGAGAAGCAGGCUCUCGAGCUUGCCUUCUUAGUUGCAGGCUUCUAUCGUGAUCAUGCCACUCAGGCCAAGGUGGAUGAUACCGCUGUUUGA